AUGGCCAGUUGCAGCUCAUUGAGACUGAAUCUUCUUCUGGUCCUCUGGAUUUCGUCCAUGCAGAUGCUGUGCUGCAAGCCGACUCCUUCAUCCACGCUGUCUGAAAAAUCUGAUUACUUUCUCAUCCUGCUGAAUAGCUGCUUAGCUGCAGUGGACAGGAGUGAAGAGCUGGCUUUUCUAAAGCCAUUUUUCAUGAAGAGUGUCAUGAAAAGGUCCUUUCGCAACGGAGUUGGAACAGGAAUUAAAAAAACUUCCUUUCGAAGAGCAAAAUCGUGAAUCAAUGCAAAAAAGGCUCAACUACUUAAACAACAAAUUUCAAAAGGGCACGAUGAAUGUGCUAAAAAGAAUCACUUUGAUUUCGAUAAUUAAGAAUAACGAAAACACUUCCCCCCUUACGCUCCCCCUUAUCCCACAACAAGAUUAACCACAUAUCCAUUUAUCACAGUAGUGUUCCCAAAUUUUGUGGAUUUGUAAGGAUGACAGAGAGUAGAGUCACGGUUGCAUUAAUUCCAAGAGGAUGGAUUGGUGAAUUAAUUCGAUUGUAUCCCAUUGAUCUAAAUUGGGACGUGUACUUUGAGCUCAUAUGAGAAAGAGUGACGUAAUAUCCUGCUGAAUACCCAAGAGUCAUUGGCUACUGAAGACCAUAUGUGAAGACCUAAUUGCUUUUUAAUACAGUUUUUUUCUGAAUGAUUUAGCUGAAAUUGAAUCCCUAGAUAUGCAUCAUCUCAUUUUUAAGAGCAUCUUGGGAAAUCAAAGAAAGUCGAACUUGAAGGAUAGGUAUGUUUUCUUCGGUUAAUCAAUUAAUGCCAGGAACAGACAUCACAAGGGACGCCCCAAUUUGAUUCCUGCUUUCCCCUUGCACUUGUGAUUAUACCAGAACAACAGAUGAUCAUUUGACUGUGUAGAAGUCUAUUUGUUACUUUAUCACAAGAUGGAAGAGCAGAGGAAGGGGGGAGGUGGGGCAGGGCUUGCUAAAGCAGCAACCCAAAUUAGGCAAUGUUUGUUUAUUUGUCAUCAUUGGUGUGGCUGUUUUAUGGACUCUGUCUAGCGAAUCAUGGGAAAUCAGGCCUCAUUUAAGAAACAUCUGGGCUCCUUGGCAACCCUGGAUCUAGAUCUCCUCUAUUUUAUACCAUUUUUAAAAAGCUAUUGGUUAAAUGUGUAAUGAAUUAAAGACUAGGAUAUAAGCAAAUAAA